UAUUUUCUUUCUUUACCUCUUAUAACACUUUCCACGCAUUAAUACACAAAAACAAAACAAAAAAAACACUGCAUCCGCAAUCUCUCUCUCUAUUAGCUAAGUUUACAGAAAAAUAUCAAAACUCUUCUCUUGAUCUUUCACAAGCUCCCCAGUUCUAGUAUAAACCUCAAGUGACAUCAACCUUUUUUGUUGCACCGCUUUAAGUUGUCUUAUUAUAUUUAUAAGCUUCUUAUCUCUCUUUCUUUUGACAUCAAAGCUUCUUCUCUUAAAUUGGUAUAACAUGUGAUGAGAUCUCCUCACAUCAUCAUUUUACUUGCUCUCUUCUUCUUCCUUUCUCUAAUCCUCCAAACCCAUCAAAGAAACAUUGAUGAUCAAACUCAACAGAUUGGCUCCAACGUUGGCGACGUCAAUUAUGUGGCGGUGACUUCGCCGGAAGGAAGGAAAAAAGAGAGGUUUAGAGUUCGGGGACCGAUGAAGACAUGGCGGAAGGAGAAGAUGUUCGAUGCCCGUGAACAUGGAGUCCCAAGUGGUCCAAAUCCCAUCUCCAAUAGGUAGAAUAUAUAUUUUAAUACAUCGAGCUUGUUGUAUGAAUGUUUUGCCUAGUAUUCUAGUAUAUCUCUUUGCUUCUGAGGUUGCACGUUCGAAAAAAUAAACGACUAUUAUGUUGUUUGUUGAUUCAAAGUUUGAAAUUGGCAGAAAAUGAUUUAUUUA